AUCCACUGUCUGCACUGCACCACCACCACCAACAUGUCCUCCGUCGCUGCAAAACUCACAUCGCUGCUCGACAGCUACAUCGCCUCCUUGCAAGAGAGCAAGACUCUUGCCUGGUUCUCAAUUGCGUUUGCUGUGCUUGGUUUCGUCAAGUACCUCUCCUUCGGACUCAAGUUUACUACUCUUCUUGCGCAGCUUACCAUAAUCCCUGGCCGAUCUCUGAAGAAGUACGGCGCAAAGAAAGGAGCCUGGGCGAUCGUCACCGGCGCCUCGGAUGGAAUCGGCAAAGAAUACGCCCUCCAGCUCGCGAAAGCCGGCUUCAACCUCGUCCUCGUCUCGCGCACGCAGUCAAAGCUCUCCACCCUCGCGACCGAUAUCUCGACAAAGUACACUAAUUCCUCCAUCAAAACCCUCGCGAUCGACUUCUCGUCCGCGACCGACGCAGACUACGACGCGCUCAAAGCACUCGUCGGCGGUCUUGAGAUUGGCGUGCUCGUCAACAACGUCGGACAGUCGCACUCGAUCCCCGUCCCGUUCGCGGUCGUGGACGAGCAGGAACUCAAGGACAUUGUAACCAUCAACGAUCUCGCGACCCUGCGCGUGACGCGCAUCGUGCUCCCGCAGAUGCUCGCCGCCAAGCGCGGACUUGUGCUGACUAUGGGCUCGUUCGGCGGGUACUUCCCGACCCCUUACCUCUCAGUCUACUCUGGCUCCAAGGCCUUUCUGCAGCACUGGAGCGCCGCGCUGGCGAAGGAGGUCGAAGGCACGGGCGUCGACGUCGAGUUUGUGCUUUCCUACCUCGUCACGUCGGCCAUGUCAAAGAUCAGACGCACGUCGGCUUUGAUCCCCAGUCCGAAGUCGUUCGUCGCUAGCACGCUUUCGAGUAUUGGUUUGGCGAGGGGAGCGUCGACUGUGAGGUAUACUUCGACGCCGUACUGGUCGCAUGCGUUGUUUCAGUUUGUGGUGGACGCGACGGUGGGUGCGUGGUCGAAUAUUGUCGCGCAGUCGAAUUUGAAGAUGCAUGUGCAGAUCAGAAAGAGGGCGUUGAAGAAGGCGGAGAGAGAGAAGAAG